AUGGGGUCAGACGAUAAAAGUUAUCGUAGAAGAUCAGAUUCAUACUUUAAUAGAGAAAGAAAAUAUUCUCGUUCCAGAGAUGAUUAUUUUGAUAGAGAACGUUAUAGAGGAUUCAGAAGAAACUUUCAUAGUGAUUAUAACUCUGAUUAUAGGCACUUUAGAUCAAGAAUAUUUGACAGAAAUACUGAUCAACAUAGAAGGGAAAGAGAUUAUGACUAUAAGCACGAUGACAAAUAUUAUGAUAGAAGGAGAACAAAGGAUAAUGACAAAUAUUCUCGAGAUUCAAGAUAUCGUGACUCCAGAAGCCCAGACAAAUACAUGUAUAGAAGAACACCAGAAAGAUUAUUCAGUUUAAGAAGAUAUGUAAUUAAUAAUGAUGGGAAAUCUUCUCAUGGAACUUCACGAAAACAUAUUAUUCCUAGAGGUCGACUUAAUAGAGCUGGUUGCCGUGGAGGUGCUGUGAUACUACAUAGCCUUUUUUUAGAAAAUUUAAGUGAUGAUUGUAGUGCUGUUGAUUUAAUGCGUUAUGCUAUAAAAAAAGUCGGUAUGCCUGAUUUUACUGAUGUUUCUGGAGAGGGUAAAGGAAUUAUUGGAUACCAUGAUCAAAAUAAAUUAGAAAAAAUUAAAUCUAUCCUUGAAAAAGAAAAUGAAAUACCAUUACAAUUUGGCGGGUUUACAUCUUUAACUUUAAGAAAAGAAAAACCAUAA